AUGCAGUUAAAAUGCUUCAGGAGGAAGGCAGGGGGCUCUGUUUUAAGCCCCGUGGUUCCUCUGGAGACCACCCUCGUCCGCCCUGCAGCCACAGGUAAGAAGGGAGGCCAUAACACCACCGCUCUUCAUGACACCAUGAGCAACAACCCCUCACUCUCUGUGUGUGCGUCUCUUAGGCCUGCACACCCUGCUUCUUAAAGACCUGGUCGUGUUCCUGAAGCCAAAGGAGAAGUGGGUGCAGAUGAAAUGCCUGAGGAAGAAGACAAAGCAGGGCUCCUCUUUAAGCGCUCGUCUGUCCCUCAGCCGGAGGUAAGAAGGGGUGCCAUAACACCACUACACAUGAUGACCCUGUAAGGACUCUUCUUCCAUCUUGUCUAUUUUCUCUGUUCAGAUCCAAGAUCAUUCUUCCUGAUCUGUGUUUUGGAGGAGACACCAGACAUCUAUGA